CGAGAAUCUCCUUUCCCACCGUCGCACAAUCUUCUCCCUUGGAGUAAGAUAUCUCCCGUCCCUCCUUUUGUUAAUUGCGACCGACGACAACCUACAUUGGACAAUUCGUCGCACUACCGCUUUACUUCCGCCUUUUGACCACACCCGCCAGCUGUCCUAUAAUACCAAAAGACCCACCCCCGAACACCACCUGUGAUCCUCCCUCACCGGCUCACCCUCACAGCCAGCCGCGCAAGUGCGCCUUUGCAUAAUCCACCCAGCCUACAGACGCCGACAACGUCACGCUGGCUUCCCAAUCCUCCUUCUCCACUUCCUCUGGCCAACGGAGAAGGCGCUCAUCUGCUGCAAGGCAGGCGCCAUCCAACAUCACCCUCCCCGAUAUCAUCGAAUCGCGAAGUAGGCUCGGUACAACUAGUGGUCUCUCGGGCCGCUCCCUGGGUGAAGGCCUGCCCACCAUACCCAGUACCCCAGGCAUCGCGGACAUGUCUAGGUCCUCCUCGCCCCAGCCCGGAGGGUGGUCGAGUCCAGGCUUGAACACGCCUUACGAUAACAGUGGGCAGAGCAGUCCAUACCCCAAUGGCACCUCUUCACACAAUGUCACUUGGGCAUCGGCUCAGGCCCGGAGUGCCGAGGUCAAAGGCUACCCUGCUUUCACUACUAGAGGCCAAGGUUUCUUUGGCAAGCACUUUCGCAAAAUAUCUACGAGCCUGCCCUUCAACCAUGGCGACAAGGAAAAGCUUGGGCGAGGACGGUCUCAGGGUAACAAGGUCACGCGGGCUCUCAAUGGCAUAGUUUGGAAUUUGUGGCGCCUGCGGAAACGAGUCAUGGUCUUGUUUUUGGUUACGUUUCUUCUUUUCUUUUGGAAUUUUAACACACCCAUACGUCGAGCAUACAGACGCUCAGCAUGGUUCGGUGGCGGCAGCAAAUAUGUCGUCAUCUUGGCUGCGAAUCAAGGUGGAGGUGUCAUGGAAUGGAAGGGUCCCCGUGAAUGGGCCAUUGAGCGUGACAGCGUUAAGAACAAGAAAAAAUAUACCAGGAACUGGGGCUAUGAAUUGGAGAUUGUUGAUAUGAGCACGAAGAAGCGCUACGCGCACGAGUGGAGGGAGAGCUGGGAGAAGGUGGACACGAUCCGCAAUGCCAUGCGCAAGUACCCACAUGCUGAAUGGUUCUGGUGGCUGGACACAAACACAUUCAUCAUGGAACCAACCUACUCCCUGCAGAAGCACGUUUUCAAGCAGCUGCAAGACGUCACGUACCGCGAUAUCAACGUUUACAACCCUCUCAACAUUACACAUCCUUUGACAGAUGAAUACCUCGAUCCCGAAACACGCUCGCCGGUGGGAGAUGGCAGAGCCGAUUCUGUGAAUAUGCUGGUGCCUCAAGAUUGCGGUGGUUUCAAUUUGGGCUCGUUCAUGGUGCGGAGAAGCGUCUGGACGGACAGGUUGCUCGAUAUCUGGUGGGAUCCUGUUGGAUACGAGCAGAAGCACAUGCAAUGGGAGCACAAGGAACAAGAUGCAUUCGAGCACAUGUACCAAAACCAACCUUGGAUCCGCCCUCACGUUGCGUUCAUCCAACAGCGUCAAAUCAUGAGCUUCCCGCCAGGUGCCUGCGGUGAUCAGGGCGACAACCCCGACAUUCAUUACCAAGAGAAGGACCGCGACUUCCUAGUCAACAUGGCUGGCUGUGAAUGGGGUCGCGACUGUUGGGCCGAAAUGUACAAAUACCGUGAGCUUAGCAACCACCUCAACAGGACGCCAUGGGAGAAGUUCAAGGACGGCCUCUCUGGCUUCUUCAAGAGCAAGUCCAAGAAGGAUGGGAAGAAGGAUGGAAAGAAAGAAGAGAAGAAGAACUAGAUGGCAAUCAAUGAUGUAUCCGAGGCGGUAUCGAGUGUAUUUCUCACAUUUCUCGCAUUUUGAUGGAAGCCAGGAUUCGGCUUAUGGGUUUACAAUAAUACUGAUGCGCGGACGGCAAUGCACAGCCCUGGGAGCUGCAUACUCUCAGCAUACAUAAUGCCGGAGUUGGCGUCAUGCACCUAUACCCCUACAAGGCUGACUAUUUGGGAAUUAGGUGGGCAGCCAGACGGAAUGUGGCGUUGUCAUUUCUACAAAUGUUAUUUCUUGGGUCCAAACGUUGCCUCGAAUUCAAGUCAUUGUCGUCCUUUGACCAGCUUCUCCGCAUGGAAGCCCCCGCCAUACCCAGGGCU